AGGUCCCCCGGCCGUAGCCAUGUUGGGCGACCCGGACCAGGAGAGGGAUUUCCAGCGCUUCCUCUGCCGGGUGGAGGAGAUCUCCAAUUUAGUGCAAGGUUUGAGCUCUGCAGACCCAGCUGUCAGGGAAAGAGCCAUUGCUGAAACAGAGAAGAAGCUCCAUGAGCAAGAAGCUAGCAAGGAGGAAGACAGCAGAGUGACUGUGGACAGAACAGUCAUCAACACAAGGCCUUCUGAUGCCACCAACUCUCCUGGCUCAAAAGAGGCCUUUCUGGCAGCCUUGGAAAAGGAUGCAAAGGAAAGAGCUCAGCAGAGGAAGAGAAAUGAGCUGCUGGCAAAUGCUCUGAAGGAGAAGGGCAACGAAGCCUUCCGGAAGGGAGACUAUGCCACAGCCAUUCAGAGGUACACUGAAGGCCUGGAAAAGCUGAAGGAUAAGCAGGAGCUUUACACAAACAGAGCACAGGCCUACCUGAGGAUGCAUGAGUAUGAGAAAGCCAUUGGUGACUGUGAAUGGGCAUUAAAGUGCAAUGCAAAGUGUGCUAAAGCCUUUUUCCUGAUGGGCAAAGCUCACCUGGCACUUCAGCACUACAGUCAGUCCAGGCAGUGCUAUGAGAAGCUCUUGCAAACUGAUCCCCAAAAGCAAAGCCUCUUUGAAGAUUGUGUGAAUGAGGUGAACCUGGAGGAGAAAAGGCUGAAGGCUGAAGAGAGAGCAAUGGAGGAAGCUGAGUCUGGCAGCCUGGCUGCUCUGGCCAUAAAAGAACUGCUGCAGAAGCUUCACAGGCCUGACCAGAGCAUCCUCUACUAUGCAGGAGGGAUCAGGCUGCUGGCAGGAGCUGUGAAAGGCUGCACUGAGCAAACCUUAUUUAGGACAAACAAUGGCUUCAGUCUCCUGCGAGCCAACGAGGCUGUGAGACGGGGCUUCUGUGCAGAGAGGAGAGGCAGUGCUGAGGUGGAGCUGGCUGUGUCUCUCCUCCUGCUGUGGCAAGCUGUCUGCACUGGCAAUGAAGCAAAUCAGCAUCUCCUGUUGAGUGACCCUGAUGUGGAUGCCCAGCUGCCAAAGCUGCUCUCCUCUGGGGAGGCAGAGAUCCAGCAGCAGACCCUGGCACUCCUGUCUCUCUACUCAGGGAGUGAGACUGGCAGGAGACUGCUGGGCAAGCACCAGGACCUAACCAGCUGGCUGCAGGUGCUGAUGAGCUUUGUGCCCUGCAGCGAUGCCAGGGCUGGCAGUGCCAUGGACAUCCUCUCUGAGCUGGCUGCAGGGGUGAGGUUCAAACCCCAGUCUGGUGCUCUGCUUCCCCCAGGAGUUGUGCCUCUGUUCACCCAGCUGCUGGCCUCUGCCAAGCUGGUGAACCAGGCAGCCCUUGCCCGCUGUGCUGGCAUCCUGGGGAGCCUGUGUGCAGCUGUGGGCAUCAGGGUGCAGCUGGCUGAGAGCAGGCAGUGCUGGCAAGCCUGCCUCCAGUUCCUGGAUCAGUACCUGACCGACCCAGCCCAGCCCCAGGGGUGUGUGUCUGCAGUGCUGGGGCUGAUGAUGAACCUGCUGCUGGAGUCCAAUGUGGUCAUCCAGGGCCUGGCUGUGGAGGUCAGCAGCAGGUGCCUGACCCUCCUGGGGGACAGGGAUGGAGGCAUCGUCACAAGAGCCUGUGGGGUGCUGAGCCGCAGCCUGGCUGCAGCCUCCCCGGCGGUGGAAGCUGCGGUCCGAGGAGGAGUGGUGAAGAAGAUGAUCAAAGUCCUCAGAGCUGGGGGAAAGCUCAGCUCCAGUUAUGCCCUGAGGACCCUUUGCAUCUGCACCAGGAGCAGCAGACAAGCUCAGGAAGAUCUUGUGAAGGCUGACAGAAGGUUCAGGGUGCUGCUGCAGCUCCUGGCCUCAGCGGACGCGGACGCUGCGGGCAGCGCUGCGCUGUGCCUGGGGCAGUGCGCGGCCGUGCGCGGAGCGGCGCGGGCGCUGCUGGGCUCCGGCGCGGUGCUGGCCCUGCUGCGGCUCGCCGCCGGCGCUGCCACGGCCGCGGCGCAGGGCAACUCGGCCAUCGCCCUGGGCAAGCUCUGUCUGGCUGAGCCAAGGCACCUCCUGCAGCUGAGGCAGCUCAAUGGCCUGGCCAUCCUCCACUCCUGUCUGAAACAUGUGCAGAGCAGCUGA